AUGUCUGAAGGUCAGGUGCCUGUUUGGCUGGAUUGUGAUCCAGGUCAUGAUGACGCUUUCGCUAUUCUUCUGGCGGCUUAUCAUCCUCAGAUCAGAUUGCUCGGUGUCUCAACGGUCUUUGGCAAUGCAUCUCUUGAAAACACUACACAUAAUGCUGCCUCCAUCCUCACCGCCAUUGGUAUGCAUGAUAUUCCUCUGUAUAUCGGCCUGGGUAAGGCUCUUGAACGUCCUGCCCUUCAUGCACCAACGGAUAUCCACGGUGUUUCUGGCUUAGAUGGCACCGACCUUCUUCCUGAGCCACUCGUAACCCCCUCUCAUAUCCCGGCUGUUGAGGCGAUGGCGGAGGCCCUCCGUGCUCAACCCGCUGGUACAGCGUGGAUUGUUGCAACGGGUGCGCUGACGAACGUUGGGGCUCUGCUCCGUGCGUAUCCAGAGCUUAUCAGUCACAUUAAGGGUGUCAGUCUUAUGGGAGGCUCUAUUGGCGACAAUUUCUCAGAUGCACCGCUCGGUGAAGUUGAUGGUCACCCUAGAAUCGGAAACUACACGCCUUGGGCUGAGUUCAACAUCCUCGUUGACCCAGAAGCUGCUGCUACGGUGUUCCAUACCAAAGAGAUCGCUGCCAAAACUACGAUUGUGCCCCUCGAUCUCAGCCAUCAGGUGUUGGCGACAUCGGAGGUGAGAGAGAUGCUGCUGUACGGCCCCGAUGCUGAGCGGACAGGUCCCGGGAAGACAACUCUCCGUACCAUGCUUGUUGAGCUCCUUUACUUCUUUGCUCAAACAUAUGCUGACACCUUCGGUAUUACCGCUGGACCCCCUCUGCAUGAUCCUAUUGCCGUUGCUGCUGUACUUUUUGGCACCGAAAAUGAGAUUCCCUUCUUCGAGUGGGACGCCAAGCACAGUCAGCCCCCUGAGCAUAAUGAACGCUUCGAAGUCACUGUCAUAACUGAGGGCACGUUCGAAGAGGCUAAGGAGGGUAGGCAGACAGGUCGCACAUUGGCCAAGUUGCUUCCGCCAGGUCAACAAGGUGUUAGAAUUCCUCGGGGAGUCGACACUGCCAAAUUCUGGCAGGUUAUCGAAGAGUGCAUUGAGCGAGCAGACGCAAAAAAUGCUGCUCUUGCGCUUGCGAAGUAG